ACUCGGGGCCGGCUCUGCCCACAGGAGGGGGAUGCCCGUGGCCAAGACUCCAGGGACUCCAGGGUCUUCCCGGCGGCUUCUCCUCCCUUCGCUCCUCCCUCUCCAUCACCCCAUCCGCCAGCGCUCAUCACCAUCGGGGGGGAAGAGGCUGCACCCGGGGCCCGGAGCAGCCGCGGGGCCGCCCCCGGAGCCCCCCGAGCCCCCGGGGAGCAGCGGGGGGAGGACGGGGCUCCGGCCACCGCCGCUGCCCGCAGCCCAGCACCUCUUCCCCGGGCUCCACCUCACCAUCAUGCUUUUUUCCUCUUGUUUCUUCUCUUGCAGGUUUCACAUGGGGAACCUUCUAAAAGUGUUGACUUAUAACGAACUUGACCAAGGCCCUAAUUUUUUCCUUGACUUUGAAAAUGCGCAGCCGACMGAGGCCGAGACGGCGGUGUGGAACCAGGUGAACGCCGUGCUGGAGGAGGCGCAGACCAUCCUGGCCGAGCUGCAGUCCUACACGGGCGCCGGGCAGGAGAUCCGAGAGGCCAUCCAAAACCCCGGGGAUCUGCGGCUGCAGGAGCGCGCCUGGAGCGCCGUGUGCCCUCUGGUCGCCAAGCUGAAACGCUUCUACGAGUUCUCGCUGCGGCUGGAGAACGCCCUGCGCAGCCUGCUGGAGGCCCUCACCAGCCCGCCCUAUGCCCCGACCCAGCACCUGGAGCGGGAGCAAGCCCUGGCCAAGCAGUUCGCUGAGAUCCUGCAUUUCACCCUCAGCUUCGACGAGCUCAAGAUGACCAACCCCGCCAUCCAGAACGAUUUCAGCUACUACAGACGGACCAUCAGCCGGAACCGCAUCAACAACCUGCAGCUGGACGCCGAGAGCGAGGUGAACAACGAGAUGGCCAACAGGAUGUCCCUGUUCUACGCCGAGGCCACCCCCAUGCUCAAAACGCUCAGCAAUGCCACCACCAAGUUCGUGUCAGAGAACAAGACCCUCCCGAUCGAGGACACGACCGACUGCCUGAGCACCAUGGCGUGCGUGUGCAGGGUGAUGCUGGAGACACCGGAGUACCGGAGCCGCUUCACCAACACCGAGACGCUGCUYUUCUGUAUGAGGGUGAUGGUGGGAGUCAUCAUCCUCUACGACCACGUGCACCCCGUGGGGGCUUUCGCCAAGACYUCCAAGAUUGAUAUGAAAGGCUGCAUCAAAGUGUUGAAAGAACAACCCUCAACCAGCACCGAGGGGCUCCUGAACGCUCUGAGGUACACCACCCGGCACCUCAACGACGACACCACGUCCAAACAGAUCCGGGCGCUGCUGCAGUGAGCGCGGCGCGGCCCCGGAGCCGCUCGUCACCGUGUCACCGACGCCCAUGACCAUCCAGCUCAUUUUGUACCGAGGGAAAAGGGACAGCGAGGAACGCACGGAAAUACGGAAAGCGACCCCAAACCGGGCCGGCCCCUCCCCACGAGCUCCUGCACCCCCGGCCCGCCCCUAAAUCAGCUCCGGGAUGCGGGGUGCGGGUGGCACCGAGGGGACCGGGGUCGGGCAGGGGACACCCGGGCAGGGAUGUGCUGGUGGGGCUGGCACAGAGUGCCCAAGGCACCCUGGGGACACCCUGGGGAGGGGGCGGGUGGCGCCCCGGUGCCCACCCUGGUCCCCAAUCGGAGGAGGAAGAGGAGAGGAGGAGGAGGAGGAGAGGAGGAAGAAGUAUCCCUGUGGAUCUGCACUGACUCUGGAGGAAACGGCUCAGUCUCACCUGGUAGAUUUUUAAUAUGAGCAAUUAAAUCCACACUCACCUC